AUGUCAGAAGAAAGUGACAAACUAACAACGACAGAUCAAUAUGGACGUAAGAAAUGGAAUAUCGAAAUCUACGAACAACAAGCAAAAUCAAAACACACCACCCAACCCACUACAACUAACACAUCUCCCCUAAUCCAAGAUGAAUCCUCCUCACUGGAAUUCAUUAAACAUAGAAACAAAUUAUUAAAAGACCUGUUGGGUGCAGUUAAGACAUAUAAUCUAAUAUCUCCAACUAGUGGUAGUAGUAGUAAGACAUAUGGAUCAAAUAAGAGAUUUGGUUUUUUUUGUCCGGUUUGUGAUUUAUCAUUUCGGGAUAAUUUGGCAUUGAUUGAUCAUUUGAACAGUCCUCAACAUGUUCAGAAAGUGAAUCAAGUCAGUCGAGAACUGCGAAGGGCGAAGCAAGGUAUGGGAGAGGGUGAGGAGGGGGAAGAAGAAGAAGUAGGUGAGUUGGAUGGAGGGAUACGACGGGCUGAUUUGGGAGAAGUUGUGAAGAUGAUUGAAAGGUUAGUGAAUAAGAGUAUUAGACUGAAGGAUGAAUUAUCUAAUAAGAAUAAUGGUGGAUUGUCAUUUACUGAAAGGGUUGAAAGAAGAAGGAAAUUUGAACAAGAUAAACGACUUAAACGUCAAGAGAAGAGACAACGAAGAAGAAAGAAACAGAAAUUGAUUGAGAAUGAUCAGCAACAACAAGGAGAGACCAAUGAUGAAAUGUCAUCAUUUAUGGGAUUCUCUAAUUUUGGAUCAAGUAAGAGAUAG